ACUUGUUAUGCAGGAUUGCCUGAGCUGUCCUCUGCUGCAAAACACGAAGACCGUUUGUUUAAGGAUUUAUUUGAAGACUACGAAAGGUGGGUUCGUCCUGUGGAACACCUGAGUGACAAAAUAAAGAUCAAGUUUGGCCUUGCAAUAUCUCAGUUGGUGGACGUGGAUGAGAAAAACCAGCUAAUGACAACAAACGUCUGGUUGAAACAGGAAUGGAUGGAUGUAAAAUUAAGAUGGAAUCCUGAUGACUAUGGCGGAAUAAAAAUUAUACGUGUCCCUUCAGACUCUCUGUGGAUCCCGGACAUCGUUUUGUUUGACAAUGCAGAUGGACGUUUUGAAGGGGCCAGCACCAAAACGAUUGUCAAGUACAAUGGCACUGUCACCUGGACACAACCAGCAAACUACAAAAGUUCCUGUACUAUAGAUGUCACGUUUUUCCCCUUCGACCUCCAGAAUUGUUCCAUGAAAUUCGGCUCUUGGACGUAUGAUGGAUCCCAGGUUGAUAUAAUCCUAGAGGACCAAAACGUAGACCGAACCGACUUUUUUGACAAUGGAGAAUGGGAAAUCAUGAGUGCCGUGGGGCUCAAAGGGAACAGGACUGACAGCUGCUGCUGGUACCCUUACGUCACCUACUCCUUUGUGAUUAAGCGGCUGCCUCUCUUCUAUACCUUAUUUCUCAUUAUCCCCUGCAUCGGGCUCUCGUUUCUGACCGUGGUCGUCUUCUAUCUCCCGUCAAACGAAGGUGAAAAGAUCAGCCUGUGCACGUCAGUGCUCGUCGCUCUGACCGUCUUCCUCCUGGUUAUCGAAGAGAUCAUACCCUCGUCGUCCAAAGUCAUACCUCUGAUUGGGGAGUACUUGGUGUUCACCAUGAUUUUCGUGACGCUCUCCAUCAUGGUGACUGUCUUUGCCAUCAACAUCCACCACCGCUCUUCCUCAACGCACAACGCUAUGGCACCUUGGGUCCGUAAGAUAUUUCUUCACAAGCUCCCCAAACUGCUCUGCAUGAGAAGUCACGUCGACAGGUACUUCACUCAGAGGGAAGAAGCCGAGGAUGGCCGUGGACCUAAGUCUAGGAACACCUUGGAAGCUGCGCUUGGUUGCAUCCGCUACAUCACGAGGCAUGUCAGGAAGGAGAACGACGUCCGAGAGGUUGUUGAAGAUUGGAAAUUCAUAGCACAAGUUCUUGACCGGAUGUUUCUGUGGACUUUUCUUCUGGUUUCGGUCAUUGGGACUCUGGGGCUUUUUGUUCCUGUUAUUUAUAAAUGGGCCAAUAUCAUAGUCCCGGUUCACAUCGGAAAUACAAUUAAGUGAAGCCAAGAAAUUACUAUGGGUUUAGUGAGCAACCACACAUCUCUUAGGGCAUGUAUACAGUUACGAAAAUGUGAAAUUAUUUUCAAUUUGAUAUAGGCUGUAACAGAUUAGCAAUUUUUAACCUGGCUUAAUAUUGUCCAUUAGAACUGAAGUAAUAACUGCAGGUAGCCACAGAACAUUGUCCAGCUGCCCUGGUGAAAGCCUACCAACGUAUACUCUGUGAGGAAAUUCAUCCUUGGAGUGUUGGCAAAUACGGUUAUAGUUGAAGACCAUUAGAACUUUUUCCAAAUUUAGUAAAAGCUUAUAAUUGUGUGGUUUUGAAUUUCCAGAAUGGGCCUUCUUAAAUUAUCCAGGCUGGCCCCAAACUCCUGGACUCCAGUGAAGCUUCUGUCUCAGCAUCCUGAGUAGCCGGGACUAUGGGUGUGUUCUACCACGCCCAGCUUAUACAUAUACUUUAAAAUUCUAUCUGUCCUGUAUUCACAGAUGUGUGAUAUAUAAUACUUCUAUGUGAAUUAAGCCAAUUACUUGGUUUAAUAAUGACUUAAUGUCUUAGUUAAUAUUCUAUUGCUGUGAAGAGACACUAUAACCACAGCAACUUUUUAAAAAAAAUAUUUAUUUAUUUUAUGUAUGGAGUGCUUUAUCAGCAUGUAUGAUUUUAUGCCAGAAGAGGGCAUCAGAUCCCACUAUAGAUGGUUGUAAACCACCAUGUGGUUGCUGGGAAUUGAACUCAGGACCUCUGGAAGGGCAGCCAGUCCUCUUAACUGCUGUGUCAUCUCUCCAGCCCUGCACAACAACUUUUUAAUCAAGGAAAACAUCUGUUUGUGGCUGGCUUACAGAUUUAGAAAUUUAAUAAUUAUUGUCAUGGUGGGAAUCGCGGCAACAUGGAGAAGUAGCUCAGAGUUCUAUUUCUGGAUCAGCAGGCAGCAGGAAGAGAGAAUGAGCCACUGGGCCUGGCUGAGCUUCUGAAACCUCGAAGUCCAUCCCCAGUCACACACUUCUUCUAUAAAGGCCACAGGUCCUAAUAGUGCCACUCCCUAGUGAGCAAACGUUUAAAUCUAUGAGUCUAUUGGAACCAUUCCUAAUCAAACCACCACACUUACUACGAAGCUAUUUUUUUCUUUUUUGAGACAGGGUUUCUUUGUGUAACAGGUCUG